AUGUCUCAAUCUAACCUUGGCUCCGGUAUCGCAGUUGCCGCCUUUGUUGCGGUGACGUAUGAUUGGUGUGAGCACGAUAAUAUUAAAGGAUUGCUGAUAUCUUACAAGUAUUCUCAGCACUCACAUUUGGACAAGAGGUUGAACUCAUCUGGGCGAAGACAACGGUGGUCGCUCAUGACAGUGCUGUAUCUCAGUGUGCGCUACCUUGGAAUCCUAUCUGCUGCCAUGGCUAUCCUGAGCUUCAUUAUAUCCAUCGUACAGAAUUGGAUAGGUGUGUUGGUAUUUGCACUGCUGUGGGUCAUCAUCAUCACUCGGUUGCAUGCCAUGUAUCAACAAUCCAGAAAGAUCCUGAUAUUUCUUGUUGUCACUUUCCUGGCGAUCAACACUUUUGAUGCAGUAAACGCCGUUCUGAUGAUCAUACAUAUUUCAGAAGAGGACCUCAUUCUCUCCGGCACCUACCAGUGCACGAUUGGCUAUACAGGAGAUACCCUAGUUCUGAAUUCUGCUGCUUGGAUACUCUCCGUUGUAUGGGAGGUUUUCACACUAUGUCUCGCAGUCUGGAUUGCGGUAAAGCACUUCCGUGAACUGCGAUUACAUGCGGCAGGAGGGAUUAUCGGGGACUGUUUUACGGUGUUGAUGAAAACUCACGUGGUUUACUUUGCGAGCUUUGUUGCUGUCUCUUGCUUCGAGCUCAUUCUCAAUUUCAUUCCAACAUUAUCAACGAGCGGAUAUCUCCUAGAAGAUCACACUUUGUCUGGCUUGUUUCAGAUCUUGGAGGUCGUGCAGAUGUUCGUGCUAGGACCACAGCUAAUCCUUGGCGUUCGAGAAUAUCAUGCCAAACUCGUGGCUGACUCCGAUGCAGCAACCGGCAUGACCUCAAUCGCUUUCCAAGAGCGCGUGCAUAUAUCGACUGGCAGUAGUGUGUAA